ACCCCUAAUUGGGGUUUUUCCAAAUUUUUGGUUUUUUUUCUUUUCUCUUUCUCAUUAAACUUUCCCGGGAAUCGAACACACACUCUCACCAUUUAUCCCUUCUUCUAGCUUUGCUUUCUCCUUUCACUUCCUUCCUUUGCAACUCUUUACCUUUUCCUUUUGCAAAAUAAAAGACAAAACAGAAAGGAGGAAAAAAAAAAAAAAAAAAAGAAAAGAAAGGAAAAAGAAAGGUUUUUGAUUCUCUUCCUUAACAGACACUUCAACCAACUGAUAAAUCAUACACAGACCCCCCAAAAAUAAAUCGCUGUGUUAGGGGGAUUAAGUUUUCUCUCUAACCCACUUGAAAAUCCAAUGAAAUUAUCCUAAAAGAAAAAAAAAAAAAAAAAAAAAGAAGAGAAAAAUUUUCUCUUCGGGGGUUCUCUGAGAAUGGAUUUCGUGGAAUUGGAGGCGAUCGAAGGCCUCAGAUGGUCUUGGAACUCAUGGCCUGCAUCGAAAACCGAGUCAUCGGCUCUCAUAAUACCACUGGGGGUCAUGUGCACGCCGUUGAUGCAGCAAGCCGAGCUCCCGGUACUUCCGUACGAACCAGUCGUUUGCUCUCAAUGCGGCGCCGUUUUGAACCCUUAUGCGCGCGUCGAGUACACGUCCCGCAUAUGGUUCUGCCCGUUCUGCCACCGCAAGAACUCGUUCCCUCGCUCUUUCGCCGGAAUCGGAGAGACCAACCUUCCCGCGGAGCUCUUCCCGACUUACAGCGUCGUCGAGUACGCACCGGGUCGGAAAAAUCCGAGCCCGAUUGCGAAUUCGGGUUUGAAUAAAGGUAUGAACCGGAGCUGGGCAAAUGGGUUGUCUUCGUCUUCGUUGUCUUUGUCGUCUAUGAUGUCGUCGUCGUCUUCGUUAUCCGUUGGGGAAUCGCGUGGGGUUGGACCAGCUUUUGUGUUUGUUGUGGAUACUUGCUCAGCUGAGGAAGAGCUUCGAGCGCUAAAGAUGGAGCUUUUGCGUGUGCUAGAGAAGUUGCCGGAGAAUGCUCUGGUGGGUCUGGUGACAUUUGAUUCCAUGGUUCAUGUUCAUGAUCUUGAAUACUCAGAGUGCUCGAGGGUGGUACUAUUUCACGGAGAACGUGAGCUUUCAUCGGAUAAGGUUCGAGAACUUCUGGGGAUUAAACAAAUGAAGCCAAUGCAACUUGGAAAGACACCUGUUAUCCAGAAACAGGGUUUUCUGUUAUCGGUGUCUGAGUGUGAGUUCAGCAUCACAAGUGCAAUUGAAGAGAUCCAUUCUUCACUUCAACGCAUGCCAGGCCAUCGCCCUGAAAGGUGUACUGGAACAGCAAUAUCAGUUGCACUUGGACUUCUGGAAGGAUGCUUGGUAAACACAGGUUCUCGGAUCAUGGUCUUCACAUCUGGACCUGCAACUCUGGGCCCAGGAAUUGUUGUGGACUCGGAUCUUAGCAAUGCCAUCAGAACUCAUCGAGACCUCAUCAAUGGUUAUGCACUUCAUUAUAGAAGAUCUUGCAGCUUCUACAGGCAUGUGUCACAAAGGUUAUCUGAUGCAUCUGUUGUCCUUGAUUUGUUUGCUUGCUCUCUUGAUCAAAUUGGAGCAGCAGAGCUGAAGGAAUCUGUUGAGAGAUCAGGUGGAUUCAUGAUGCUGGGAGAGUCAUUUGAGUCGAAUGAAUUCAGAAAUUGUUUGAGGCACAUUUUUACUUGUGAUGAAGAGGGAAAUUUGAAAAUGUAUUUUGAUGCAACUAUUGAGGUAGUGACCACAAAAGAUGUAAAAAUCUGCGGAGCCCUAGGGCCUUGUGUAUCUCUUCAGAAAAGAAAUGAUUUAGUGAGCAGCAAUGAGAUGGGGGAUGGUGGUACCUAUAUGUGGAAGUCUGGUGCACUCACUAAUAAAACAUGCUUUGCUUUUUUCUUCCAAGUGAAUGAUGAGCGAAAGAUUGAACCUGGAUCAGCAUUCUUCGUGCAGUUCAUAACGCAGUAUCGCUAUGGUAACCUGGGAAUCCGGAAAAGGGUGACUACUGUUGCAAGACGAUGGGUAGGGAGCCGCUCAUCAGAAAUUGCUGCGGGGUUUGACCAAGAAGCUGCAGCUUCAAUUAUGGCCAGACUUGCUAUUCACCGAGCGGAAAGGCAUUUUGCUCGAGAUGUGGUUAGAUGGCUGGAUGACACACUAAUCCGUUUUGCUUCCAAGUUUGGAGACUAUGUACAGGAAACUCCAUCUUCUUUUCGCUUGUCAUCCAACUUCUCCCUUUAUCCCCAAUUCAUGUAUUACUUAAGGAGGUCUCAAUUCAUUGAUGUCUUCAAUAGUACUCCUGAUGAGACAGCUUUCUUCCGGCUAAUGCUGAAUCGUGAGGGAGUGGUGGGUUCACUUAUCAUGAUCCAACCUACACUCUUUGAAUACUCCUUUGAUGGUCCACCUAUUCCAGUCCUCCUAGAUGUUCGCUCCAUCUCUCCGGAUGUCAUCUUGCUCUUUGAUUCAUACUUCUGCGUAGUUAUUCAUUAUGGAUCCAAGAUUGCUCAAUGGAGAAAGCUUGGUUAUGACAAGGAUCCAAACCAUGAGAAUUUAAGAAAGCUGUUGGAAGCCCCAGAAGCUGAUGCAGAGCAGUUGGUGGCUGAAAGAAUUCCAGCACCCAAGCUUAUAAAGUGUGACCAACAUAGUAGCCAAGCAAGGUUUCUUCUUGCCAAGUUGAAUCCUUCCAUUACACAAAACUCAACGUACACGAAUGGGUUGGACGUUAUUUUCACUGACGAUUUGAGUUUGCAAGUUUUUAUAGAUCACUUGCAGGCCCUGGCAGUGCAGGGCUGAUGAAGAGCAACUGUAUUCAGUUUCUCUUUUUAUCUAUAAUCUUUGAAAUGGAAAGUAUUAUUUCUUCCCUUUUUUUUCCAAUUUUCUUAUCAUUUUCAGUAUGUACAGUUUUACUAGAUGUUCAGCGAGUACUAUGAGGCUUCUUCUUCUUCUUUUUUUCUUUUUUUUUCCCCCUUUUUUGGUCUCUUUUAUAGGUGCUAUGAAAACGUGGUCUAAGAGUUAUACAGAUGUGAGUUUUAUGAUCUAAUGAAAGAAAGCCCUGUUUUUGGGGUAUACUCUUUUCUUA